AUGCCCAUCUUCAACAAGGGCAAGGAGGAAGAUUUGUAUUACUGCAGGCUGGUUGGUCCCACCUCAGUCCUUGAGGAGGUUUUGAAGGAGAUUUGCCUGGAAGCCAUUUCUAGGCACAUGAAGGAGAAGAUGGUGAUUGAGAACAUCAAGAAUGGGCUUACCAAAGGCAAACCAUACCUGACCAGUCUGAUUGCCUUGUAUGAUGAAAAGUUUAGUUCAGCGAACAAGAGGAAAGCAGUAGAUGUUGUUUGCCUUGACAUUAGCAGGGCUUUUGACUUAGUCUCCUAUAGAAUCCUUGUAGACAACUGGGGAGGCAUUGAGGACUGCAGUUCAAAAAAUGUAACUGCAGAAACAGGAACCAGCAGUAAUGGUAAUUUAUCAGUAAACUCCACAAGUGGGAGCAACACCCAUGGAGGUGGAAGAUCGUCCAGGGUUGUGUCACUAUCUGACAGUGCAAUAAGUGAUCAGAACAACAUAACACGGCCCAGCCCAAUCCGUGAUCUCAAAGCAGAAUAUGUUGGUGUGACUUCUGUCAACUUAACGUGGGCAGUGAGUGACGCUGCUUCCAACUCCUGCACGUACAGGAUAGAGGUUGUAACUGGUACCUCUGUUAGGAACCUGACGUCUGAUGUCAACAAAGCCGAAAUUACUGAGUUAAUCCCUGGGACACUGUAUAAUUUCACAGUAUUUGCAGUAGUGAAUGAUAAUGAGACAGAAAGAGGAGGAUUGUCCAUAAGCCUGUACACAAGGCCCAGCCCAAUCCGUGAUCUCAAGGCAGAAUAUGUUGGUGUGACUUCUGUCAACUUAACAUGGGUGGUGAACGACGCUGCUUCCGACUCCUACACGUACAGGAUAGAGGUUGUAACUGGUACCUCUGUUAGGAACCUGACGUCUGAUGUCAACAAAACUGAAAUUACUGAGUUAAUCCCUGGGACGCUGUACAAUUUCACAGUAUUUGCAGUAGCAGCUGAUGGUCAGACGGAAGGCGAAGGGGUGCCCAUAAGCCUGUAUACAAGGCCCAGCCCAAUCCGUGAUCUCAAGGCAGAAUUUGUUGGUGUGACUUCUGUCAACUUAACAUGGGUGGUGAACGACGCUGCUUCCGACUCCUACACGUACAGGAUAGAGGUUGUAACUGGUACCUCUGUUAGGAACCUGACGUCUGAUGUCAACAAAACUGAAAUUACUGAGUUAAUCCCUGGGACGCUGUACAAUUUCACAGUAUUUGCAGUAGCAGCUGAUGGUCAGACGGAAGGAGAAGGGGUGCCUAUAAGCCUGAGUACAAGGCCCAGCCCAAUCCAUGAUCUCAAGGCAGAAUAUGUUGGUGUGACUUCUGUCAACUUAACAUGGGUGGUGAACGACGCUGCUUCUGACUCCUACACGUACAGGAUAGAGGUUGUAACUGGUACCUCUGUUAGGAACCUGACGUCUGAUGUCAACAAAGCCGAAAUUACUGAGUUAAUCCCUGGGACGCUGUACAAUUUCACAGUAUUUGCAGUAGCAUCUGAUGGUCAGAUGGAAGGAGAAGGAUUGUCCAUAAGCCUGUAUACAAGGCCCAGCCCAAUCCAUGAUCUCAAGGCAGAAUAUGUUGGUGUGACUUCUGUCAACUUAACAUGGGUGGUGAACGACGCUGCUUCUAACUCCUACACGUACAGGAUAGAGGUUGUAACUGGUACCUCUGUUAGGAACCUGACGUCUGAUGUCAACAAAGCCGAAAUUACUGAGUUAAUCCCUGGGACGCUGUACAAUUUCACAGUAUUUGCAGUAGCAGCUGAUGGUCAGACGGAAGGCGAAGGGGUGUCCACAAGCCUGUAUUCAAGGCCCAGCCCAAUCCAUGAUCUCAAGGCAGAAUAUGUUGGUGUGACUUCUGUCAACUUAACAUGGGUGGUGAACGACGCUGCUUCUGACUCCUACACGUACAGGAUAGAGGUUGUAACUGGUACCUCUGUUAGGAACCUGACGUCUGAUGUCAACAAAGCCGAAAUUACUGAGUUAAUCCCUGGGACGCUGUACAAUUUCACAGUAUUUGCAGUAGCAGCUGAUGGUCAGACGGAAGGCGAAGGGGUGUCCACAAGCCUGUAUACAAGGCCCAGCCCAAUCCAUGAUCUCAAGGCAGAAUAUGUUGGUGUGACUUCUGUCAACUUAACAUGGGUGGUGAACGACGCUGCUUCCGACUCCUACACGUACAGGAUAGAGGUUGUAACUGGUACCUCUGUUAGGAACCUGACGUCUGAUGUCAACAAAGCCGAAAUUACUGAGUUAAUCCCUGGGACGCUGUACAAUUUCACAGUAUUUGCAGUAGCAGCUGAUGGUCAGACGGAAGGUGAAGGGGUGUCCACAAGCCGGUGUACAAUUCCUGCCACAGUGAAUUCAUUUCAGUGUGAACCAGUGGCCAAGCAGUCUUCCCUAACGCUUAAGUGGCAAUGUCCUUCUGGUAACAAUUCUGGCUUCAAAAUUAAAAUACGUAAUGAUACAUGGGAAAGAGAAGAACAGACUUCAUCCUGCAUGAGCGAAGGGUCAGAGAAAACCUUUAGAACAGCAUCUUUAGAUUAUUUCAGCACCUAUAAUGUUACUAUUGCAACGCUCUCAAAUUGUUCUGAAAGCCCCCCGGUGCAGAAAAUCUGUAAUACGAGCAUUACUGACCCACCUGCUCCAAAUAAAGCUCCUUUAGUCAAGGCAAUCAGUCACAGCUCGUUGUCUGUUGAAUUCUCUGAUUUUGAGUCGGUGAAUGGACCGUUAAAAGCCUAUGCAGUAAUGAUCACAACAGAAGAACAAGGUUGUGGGUCUUUGAAGUCUGGGUUGAACAACACGUACAAAGACUUCAAGAAGAAGACGACAGUCACCUAUGUAACCUAUGUUAUAGAUACAGAGCAGGCAAAGUCACCUUCUUUCCGUUCUCAGAAUGGUACAAACAUUGUUAAUGUAGGCCAGGGAAACACAAUGUACGGCUAUGAAAAUGGACCAUUGAUUCCACUUCGUUCAUACAGGGCAAGUGUUGCAGGUUUCACUAAUAUAACCUUUACUGUGGCUGACAUCAUUGUGGGGGAAGAUAGUUAUGUAUCAUUUUCACCCUGUUCUGAGGAGGUUUUGCUACCCCAGGAUCCAGGUGUUAUUGCUGGAGCCGUUAUUGGAUGCCUUUUAGCUAUAUUAGCUGUAGUCGCUAUAGGGGGUUUCAUAUUCUGGAGAAGGAGAAGGAAAGAUAAAAGAAAUACUGAAGUGUCCUUUUCUCCAAUUAAAGUCAAGAAAUCAAAAAUGAUUAAAGUGGAGAACUUUGAGUCCUACUUUAAGAAGCAGCAAGCUGACUCCAAUUGUGGUUUUGCUGAAGAGUAUGAGGAGCUCAAAUCUGUUGGUGUUCAUCAGCCCAAAUUUGCUGCUGAACUUGCUGAAAACAGGGGAAAAAAUAGAUACAACAACGUCUUACCAUAUGAUAUUUCUCGUGUUAAACUUUCAGAUCAAAGAUCUGCAACUGAUGAUUAUAUUAAUGCCAACUAUAUGCCUGGCUAUAACUCAAAGAAGUCAUUUAUUGCUGCACAGGGUCCUUUACCCAAUACUAUAGACGACUUCUGGCACAUGAUUUGGGAAAAAAAUAUCUACUCUAUUGUUAUGUUGACAAAAUGUGUUGAACAAGGCCGGACCAAGUGUGAGCAAUACUGGCCAGACAAACAGUCCAAGAGCUAUGGUGACAUUAUUGUGACAAUGGUCUCAGAGAUCGUCCUUCCAGAAUGGACAAUAAGGGACUUCACUGUAGAAAAGUCCAACACACCAGAGAGCCACGCAGUGCGCCAGUUCCAUUUCACCUCCUGGCCAGAUCACGGAGUGCCUGAGACAACGGACCUUCUCAUCAACUUUAGACACCUUGUUCAUGAGUACAGCAGUCAAAAUCCAAUCGACUCUUCUACUCUGGUGCACUGCAGCGCUGGUGUUGGGAGGACAGGGACAUUCAUUGCCAUCGACCGCCUGAUUCAGCAGAUUGAGAUGGAGAAUACUGUGGACGUGUACGGAGUGGUGUAUGAUCUUCGCAUGCACCGACCUUUAAUGGUGCAAACAGAGGACCAGUACGUCUUCCUAAACCAGUGCGUUAGGGAUAUUAUUAGAUCCCAGAAAGACAAGAAAACCGAUCUUAUUUACCAAAACAUGACAGCAAUGGCAAUCUAUGAAAAUUUCACACCUGGGCCAGGCUUCGGGAAGUCCAAUGGCUACCACGCAUAG